CAAAAAAAAUAUAAACGCAUCAAUAAAUAUACAUGUUGCCGCCAUUUUCUUAAGUGUGCGUCAUUUUAUACGCAAUAGUUUGCGAAGCAUCAGUGUCAAUCAGUGUGCAAUCAUUUGCAAGUGUAUCAAACAAUAAAUAAUAUAUCAAGCAAUAAAUUAGCACAUUAAAUUAAUAAUUGGUUAUAUUGAACAGAUAAUAUAACAGUGAAUUAUUCUGGAAGACGGAUCUUAUUGGUCUGUUGUUUCUUGUGAGCAUAGAGAGUAAGAUGGAAUAAGAUAGCUGUUCUAUUUGAGAAACCGCCAAAAAUGCUAGCCACAGACAUAUUGGUGGUUUGAUGGCAUAGAUGUACCAAAAUAUACUAAUCGCUCUAUACGGGGAUUAUAUUUCGUAUGUUAUCAUGUCCUACAUGUCGCUGUGCUUGUACAUGUUCGAAUCGUAGGAAGGAAAUGAUUUAGAGGUUACUGUUUAUUUUUCUUCGUUCUUUACGCCAAUUCCAAAUGGCGAGAAGAAGUAAAUUACUGAACGUUAUGGCUAAACGCUGUCGACUAUGCCUGGCCGACAGUGGUUUUAUGGUCAAAUUACGCGACGAAUUUGUAGAGCCCAAGCUCAAGGAUUUAACAAGAUGCACCUGCAUCGAUAUCGAGUACAACAAGAAUUUACCUGAUGGGGUAUGUCAUAUAUGCUUUUAUAAAUUGUCCAUGUGGACAGAAUUCAAAGAACUAUUUAUGCAAUCCCACAAAAUCCUCUUGGAACAAUUAGAAAUCUCGAAAGCACCUGAUAAUGCUGUAAACCAUUCUAAAAAUAAUAGACAUUUGAAAAGAAGUAUCAAAAGGACAAAUUUUAAUAAAAGUGACGAAGAUAGUAUUUCUCCUAUUGAUAAAAAAAGAUCUAAAAUAGAUGUAUCCUCGUCAGAAGUCACGAAUGUAAACACAGAUAAAGUUAUAAUAGAUACGAUAUAUAUAUCAGAGAGUGAGGAUGAAUCAAUAUUAUCCAAAAUUUCCCCUCAGAAAGCAUGCAAUAUUGAUAGAAGAAAGCUAAAUAAAAAUGUGAAAAAUGGUAGUGACAAGCAUACGGAAAAUAAAUCUUUUGAAUCAAAGAGGUCUAAGUUACAUGUAAGAUGCGGCAAAAAUAAACGCAGGAUAUUAGCCCUAAAGCGUUGGCAGGCAAGAAAGAAGGCACUCUAUGCCGCAACACAAAAGAGUGUAUCUGAUAGUGAAUCCAACGACGUGCAAUCAACACUUGUGCGGAAGACUCAAACAAACACUAACGUGGAUGAGGAAGCGAAAAAGCAAAAAAGAUUUGCAAAAUUGCUGAAAAAUUUAGAAACUAAUCUUGCGAACAAGUAUACUGGGUUUGGCAUAAGUACACCCAGAACGAGAUUGAGGAACCAAGCUAUGGUGGUCUUACCAAGUGAGAAGAAUAAUAUUGAGACAAAAAUUAGAUAUUCACCGGAAAAGGAAUCUUUACCUUCGUUGGUGGAAAAUAAUGUUACGGCGAAUGGUGCGAGAAAACCCAUAUCGCAGACGAAUAACACCAUGUUUACACCAAAGUCAUCGAAAACCGAGCUAGUAAUUGGUAAAACCACAUUCAUUGUAACGUCAAAUUUAGUUCUUCAGGAUCAACAAUGCAAUCAGACGUUGAAUAAUUCCAAGAAUUCCGAAAGCCUCAAUGGAGAUGUUAAUAGUAAGGAGAAUACUGAUAUUUUUGAUGCAGUUCAACUGCGCAGAGUGGUGAGUCCCGCAAUAUUCGAAAACAAAGAUGAAAUGAAAGAAACGACAAAGAAUGAUAUUGAGAGAUGUCUAGAUAUUCGAAUAGAGUCUCAUGAAUUCACGAUGUUGAAACACAUGCAAGCCGAAUUGUCGGAUUUCAUUCAGAAGGAAGUAAAGCAAAAAUAUCUAAGUAUAAACGAGGACGCUACGAAAACUGAUUGUGUGAAUAACACGAAUUCGCAACCAAAGCUCGAUCAGAAGUUAAAAAAUCUAAUACAGAACGCCAUAGAAAAGAAUAUCGAGCACAUGACGAAUGAGAAUGACACGAAGUGUCAGGAAUUCCAGAGGGUUUCACCGGAAUUUGUAAAGACAGCUGUACACUCGUCUCAGUAUCAGCCAAGAGUCGUGCUGGAGCGGUUAAAUCUAGCAAACAAGGUCAUUAAUAACGCAUUGAAACGGGCUGCGCUAACAAGUGAAUCGCACAGCGCAACUCCUCGUAAACGUCUUAUCGUACCGCCAAAGAAGUAUGACGAUUUUAACACUUCGUUGGAAUUAGAUGAUUUCACCGAAUUGGAAGAUACGAAGGUUCAAAAAACACCCAGAGCUUGCCCAAGAACGUACAAGAAUUCUACGACAAAACAACUUCGUCGCAAGGUUAUAUUAGAAAAGAGAAUUACAAAUAAUGAUUCGAUUGUUACAACUAAUAAAGAUAACAAUGCUAUGUCACUGCCAUCCCGUGUUAAAAAAGAUUUGAAAGUUAACGAAGAAAAGAUUGAUAAAAACAGAGUUGAAAUAAAGAAUCUAGCAGAUAUCGAGACUUAUGUGUGCAAGAUUUGCAAAUUUAGAUGUAACAGUAAGAAGAAUAUCGUAGCACACGUUCGAGAGACUCAUAUAAUUCCAUCAGGAGCUAAAGAUAACGAUGCUAAAGAAGAUUUGGCGAACAAAGAGAGUGAUAAAAAGGACGUUGAAGUAAAGACAUCAACAGAACCCGAGAUUUAUGUGUGCCAGAUUUGCAAAUUCAGGUGUAACAGUGUGAAGGACAUCGAGACGCAUGUUCGCGCAUCUCAUAUAACUUCAUCAGAAGCUUUUGAUGCGCCGCAAAAUACAAACAACAAUACAGUCACAUUGCCGCAAGAUAUAAACAAAAAUACGGCCACAUUGCCGCAAAAUGUAAACAAAAAUACCGCCACAUUGCCGCAAAAUGGAAACAAAAAUACCGCCACAUUGCCGCAAAAUGUAAACAAAAAUACCGCCACAUUGCCGCAAGAAAAGCAGAAGAAAAUGCGCUGCAAGAAGUGCCAUGAGAUAGUUGACUACCAAUGCGUGAAGGCGCAUGCUUUUUCAUGCAAAUUGAAGAUGCCAGAUUUGAUUUACGUGUGUCCCAUCUGCAAAGCUAAUUUCAAAGCGAAGAAACUAUUCUUGCAGCACUUUGAAGCGCACAAACCGUUGAAAUCAACAAACAAAACUAAGAACAAGGAGAUAAACAACGUCGAUGAGUCGCAAAUAAAAACUGCUGUGCCUGCCAUGUCACAGGAGAGUCAUACAGUUGGGCUGCAAUUGCCGACUGUUUCUGAGGCGUUGCAGAAGGGCUAUGCAAUUCAGACGAAUAGGAAAGGUAUUUGUGUAAUGCCGCUUAAGAAGCAGACAAAUGAGACGAACGUGCAAAGUACUACGAUCGAUGAAAGCAACAUUCAGUCCGACAAAGUAACUACCACAGACGCAAAGUCCAAUGUUGCGAAAAAUAUCGCACAGAAAAAUAAAGAGUACAAUUGUUUCUUAUGCGAAAAAAUCUUCAUAGACGAGGAACUGUUGAAGGACCACUUACAGCAGCAUUGUGACGAGCAGAGUGACGAAGAACGGAGUGAUAAAAAGGAUCCUAAACACAAGUGUACUAUUUGCGGCAAUAUUUUGGAAUCGGAUAAAGCCUUAGAAGAGCAUAUUUGUAAACAUUGGUUCGACGGCGAGGAUAGUAACAAUUUGAAUAAAACAAGCUCGAACAAUGAGGAGAACAAUCCUGAAGAUAGUACAUCGUCAGAAGAUGAAUUUCAUCAGUGCAGUCAAUGUUGGGAAUUAUUCGAUUCAGAAAUAUUGCUGGAGAUGCAUACAAGGGUGCAUGUGCAGAAAGUUCCAAAAGCAGCAGAAACCCAAAUUAUCUAUCAGUAUCAAUGUACGCUUUGUGACGAUCUGUUUGAUACAGAAAAGGAUCUGGAGGACCAUAUAAACUUACAUAACGGAAAUGCGCAAAUAUGCCAGUUAUGUGACAAACCGUUCCGCACGUUAGAAGAAUUGCAAGAACACGUUACAACUCAUUUGUAAUAUUAAGAAUGUUCUAAAUGUACAGAUUUAAUCGUAUUAUUUCAUUUUAUGCAUACAGAUUGUGAAUGUUAUAAAAUAUCUUUUGUUAUUGAAUUAUAGCGGUAACCAAUUAUAAAAUACAUUUGAAACAUUCACAAUUUAUAUUACCACAAAAUCUAUUAGUCACGAAGUAUACAUUUUUGAUCGUAAAGUUUGACAGUUUUUAUUUACUUUUAGUUUUUUAAUGUUUAUAAAAAGUAUAAUAGAAAACAUGAUAGUAUAAAAGCAUAAUAGAAUUAGAUAAAACAUACAACACAAUAUUUUAACAUAUGCAAUAUGCAAUUAUUUUUCAAGAUAACAUUAGCUUAUAACACUAUUUACAGAUUUGUCACCAAUAAUUAAUAAUAAUUAAUAGGUUGAGAUGUAUAAUGCUCAUUUCAUAAUUAUAUAUAAUAAAGUUCUAUGAGGUAUGAGUAGUUUACUUUUAAGCAUUGGAAAGAUUAUUUUAUUUGUUACAGAAUAUAUAUUAAAAUAGUUUCUUUUAUGGAAUAUUAUUUAUGAUUUAAUAUGACAAAAAUAUGAUAUCUACGUUUUACAUAGAACUUAAAUACGAUUUUAAAUACAAUUACAAUGAAAAAGGAUUUUUUUCUGUUUUGUUUAAUGAAUGACACUAAUAUCAUAAAUGUGAUAAAUUGAUUGAAUGUUUCAGGUGUAAAUGUCUUAAAUACACCAAGUGUGUUUAAUAUAUACCACAUAAAUUAGAAUUUGUGUGAAUUAAUAAUAUAAAAUUAUAAGUAAUUCAAUUUAAUGGACUAAUAUAUGAAUGACUAUUAAA